UGUGUCAGGAUGAACUAGUUCAACCCUGGAGGAAUGUGUUUGUGUAAAACUAACUGCUGUACUUUGCCCUUCCCUUUGCUUGGAAAUAAUGACAGGGGCCCUUAAAAGUGUUCCUGGAAAAAGCCGUACGGACACCUUGCACUUGCGAAAAGUGGUUUAUCACGUGAAAACACUGUAUUGAGCGCUAGAUAAGAAACAUGUCAAAGGUUAUUACAUUUGAAUGAAACAGUUGCCGUGAAUGAGGACAGCUUUCUUAUGUAAAUGACCCCAAAUGGACUUUUGACGUUGCAACUUGGAGGAGCAUUUGUUUCCAUAACCGGUUUCGCAAGGAACAAAAUGGACCUUGUUAAACAUACCGGUGGAUGCCAUUGCGGAGCUGUUAGGUUUGAAGUAUGGAACUCUCCAAACCUCCAUGUUUUUGAUUGCAAUUGUAGUGUUUGUACAAAGAAACAAAACCAACAUUUCAUUGUCCCCAAAUCCAACUUUACACUUGUACAGGGUGAGGAUCAUCUGACCACGUAUACAUUUAACACCCACGUUGCAAAACACACCUUUUGUAAGAAGUGUGGUGUUCAGAGUUUCUACACACCGCGGUCCAACCCUGACGGAUAUGGUGUUGCACCACAUUGUUUGGAUCCAGGCACAGUCCAAAGUAUCACAGUAGAAAAAUUUUGGGGAGACAAAUGGGAAGAAAGCAUGCAGGCACAUAAGACCAUCAGGGACAUGUCAAAACACACGAAAGACAUUCAAGAGACAAAAUAAUUCUUAGUUUUAGUUUUUAAUCAGCAGUAUAAUAGAAAAAAAACCAAAGCUUUACAUCUUUUCUGUAAACAAUACUGACUAAACAUAAUAAAGUUUAUUGCGGCUGUAAAUUGAGUGUACUAAGUAAUGGCAAUGACUUUAUGACACCAAUGACCUAUUCUGUGUCUUUUUCAAGUAUAUUCACAGCUUAUUUAAUUUAUAUAUAGCUACAAGUAUAACAUUUUUAAUACAUUUUCUCAACCUUUGGUCCUUGUGGAAUCAUCUGGAAUGUGUUAACAAACAUGUAGCGUGAGAAGGUGAUGUAAAGAUACCGAAACCAAACCAGUUGAGUGCGAUGACAAAGCAUUGCGGCCUGCAAAGAUGACAGUUUAGAUUAAAAAAGCAAGUGUCUUUGGCCACUUGAUGCUUUUAGACUCCUCAGUGGUAUACUGAAGACUUACUUUGCACUGCUUGUAGCCCUUUGAGCCUAUUAUGCAGCAAAGGGAUGAGGGAAGCAGCCAGCUGAGAGGAAGUUCUAGGAAGGAGACAUAUUUCCUGAGCAGGCCGACAGACACUAAAGAGAACAAACAGCAGUCUGGGGAACAGGAAGAGAUAGCUUUUGUUUAAUGUUACAGCUGCAGAUGAUUAUUAUCAAUGUAGAACAUUCUCGUGGCACAUUACAAAAUUGAGGGAAAUACAGCACUACUACAAGACAGGUGUCCUGACCUGACUCUGAGAAUAAAAUUGCAUUGAGCUACAAUUUAUGUACAGUGACGAGGAGAAGUAUUUGCAGCCCUUGUGAUUUUGCAAGUUCACCCACUUACAAAAUAGGUAGAGGUAGGGGUGUGACAAUAUAUCGAAAUGGUGAUAUAACGUGAUACUUUGUAUCCCAAAAGGUUAUCGAUAUGCUCCAGCCAAGAAUCGAGAUAUCGUUUUAAAAAGGUUACCUAUAAGGCUGCAUUGAUGGUGCUCGACGCCCAAUCAUUUAGACUGGGAACGUUUGAUUAUUCGAAAGCAGAGCAUUUACAGUUAUUAUGUCCAAUUUUCAGGGCAUUUGCAGGUCAUUUACUGUUCAUUUUGGGGCAUUUACAGGUCAUUUCCUGUUGAGUUUGAGUCACUGUCUAUUGAUUCGGGUGAUUCCCAGGCCACUUCCUGUUCUGUAACUCAAAAUAAACAGGAAGUGACCCAUAAAAUACCCCAAAAUUAACAGGAAGUAACUGAAAAUCAACAGGUAAAUGACCUUAAAUGGCCCAAAAUUACCUCAUUGCCUGGCAUUGGCUGCCACUGAUGGCCAUUGACGUUCAGUUCGUUUCAACUGGGAGGAACAUUCGUUCAUUCGCUGCCAUCCCUCCCACUUCUAAUGGAUUGGACGUCUACAAGUGAUGAACUCAUUCCAGUUCACAGAAGAAGCUUGUUUUUCUGUUCAUUAGUGCUUUGUAAAAUCUCAUAGAAUGAUUUCCUGACCAAUGUAUUGAUAACCGUUGUAUCGCCAUAUCGUCAGAUCAUCGUUAUUGUGAGCUUUGUAUCGCAAAUCGUAUCAUUUCGUGAGGUACCCACUCAUAGGUAGAGGUCUGAAAUUUCAAUCAUAGAUGAAUUUCCACUUAUAGAGACAUAAUCUAAAAAAAAUACGGAACUCAUAUUGUAUGAUUUUUCAAUAAUUUACUGGGGUUCAUAAGUAUUUGUACCCCUGAGAAAAUCAGUGCUAAUAUUUAGUGCAGAAGCCUUUGUUUGCAAUUACAGAGGUCAGACGCUUUCUGUUGCUCUUCACCAGGUUUUCUCAUAUGGAAACAAGGAUUUUGGCCCAUUCGUCCACACAAAUCUUCUUUAGAACUGUCAGGUUUGGAAGAUCCAGCCACGACUCAUCUUCAAGUCUCUGACUGAGGGAAGGAG